GACCAAGGCGGUUCUACCCACCCCCCCCACCUCUGUUUUUCUAUCUCUGUUGUUCACUGCAUUUCUGCUUCAAGCUUCUUUCCAGCCCGAGGACAGCACGUGUAUCCAUAGCCUUUCCCACGGCUUUCAUUUGAAUAUUGUCGUGGGCCGGGACACCCUGGUCUCGUAAAUGUGAAUUGUGAGGGUCAGUCACUCAGACCUUGGACCUGCCCGGGGCGGCUGCAUGGCCCAGAGUGACCACUCGGCCAGACAGCUUUGCAGCAACACCGUGUUGGAUCACGACGGGUCCUUCACCAAGUCUUUUCCCCAAGUCUUUCACAAGAUGCUCGGGUUCGCGCAGCCCACCGUCUACGAGGCGUCCAAGUGCUUCUUCAGUUAUGGCCGCCUCUCUCACCUUGACCCCAAGCAGCUGCCGACCGCAUGGGAGGCCAGGGGCAAACCGUGGUCAUCGGUGCUCGUCGACGGUUUCGUCAGCACGGUCAGCCUCACCAUGUCCCAGGGCCAAUGGCAGUCGGCCCGUGGACAGCUCCUAGCCAAGGUUCGCGUGCCAGAGUUCUGUCGCGUCACCAUGACCCUGCUGCAGAUCCUGCAGGGAGAUUUCUUCACCGAAUACAUCAAAAUAGGUGACGUCGUCAUGCUGUCCCGUGGUCGCACUGGCCUCGACAACGUCUUCACCCUCAAGGACGGCCGGCUCACCAUGUUUCUUGACAAGGAGACAUAUGAGCGCGCAGGCCUGGUCGGCAAGCCCCACGGUGCAAAGGGGAACAGGGGCCUGAGGCCUCGCUGGGUAGUGGAUUUCGAUCUCCGAAGCCCAUCCAUGCUGCGUGGGAGACCCGGCUUUGAUAGGCUCGUGUACGCCUGCAAGAACACUCUGACUGAGCCACAGACUUGGUUGUUCUGCAACAUAUCUAACAAGACGCCUGACCCUGAUCCUAUGCAAGCCUUCGAGCCCAUCAGGUGCGUCCCGUCCCCUCGGAUUACCGAGCAUCCGGAAGCAGCUGUGCCGCCUUUAGCACCGCCUCCCGGUUUCAUCGCGGACAGCGGGGAUGAGGAGUUGCCCGCAUUUGCAGGUGAUAUCUAUGAAUGGCUGUCGCUCUUGCGCCUUGAAAGCCCGCGCGUGUCAUCGGCGGACUCGGUCGACCCCUACUUGAGUCGGUACCGACAACCUGGAGAGCCCGGUCAGUGGCCCCUCCCGGAGCUCGUGACUGUCGUCUGGGAAGGUCUUCUACCGCCCUGCCUCUCCCGCGAUCUGCUGGUUGAGACGAUCCUCGCGCUGCCCUCGCAGGCUUGGUUCUCCAUGUCGGUCUCGUCAUUUCCAAGGGGCUUCUCGGGGGACGCAGCCGAGACGACAUUUCUCCGACCUCCAGCAUCCCCAAGCGAGUUUUUGCUGUGGGACAUCCGGAGCCAUGUGUAGUCGGCAGAUGGCGCCCUUCAGCCCUGCCGGGGCCGCCGCACUUGUCGCUCCUGGGCCAAAUCCUCACUGGAAACGGCUUCCUCCACAAGCUGUCGAAGCGCCGCCUGCCCAGAUUCAGUGUCCAGGUCCUCCCUGGAAGCUAGCUCCUCGAUGCGCCUCCUGAAUUCAGGGUCCGGCGAAGCACCGUCGACCUCGCCCUCGCUGACUGUUCCGAAAUUGACCGAGAGGCCCGGAGGGACCGGUGGCAGGGCACCGUUGGGACUGGUUCCAUUGACAGGAGCUUGCGCUGCGCCGUCCCUGGUCGCCGCAGCAUCCUCCCUGCCCGCUAGAUACUGAGCAACCGCGGGGAAGUCGCCGUCCUGUUGGAUCUUCUCGCGUGCGGUGAGACCUUCGUCCCCGGUCAGUGCAGCAUCCAGGCGGAGCUCUUCGACCAGAAGUUUGGCGGCUUCGACGGUCUCUACGACGAAAAGGGCGGUCUCGGAAUCCUCAUCUCGGAGGUCGACGGGCACGUUGAAGUCGGUCACGAGGGCGCGCAGGAGGUCGAGGUGGUUGUAACUUGCUGCGGCGUGGAGGAGAGAGUAUCCAUGGUCGUCCUGCUGGGAGGCGAGGCUUGGUGUCUCGUUAAGAAGGGCUAGCAGUGCCGUCGGGUUGUCUGCAGCCAGGAGGAAGGGAUUUGGGGGCAUGUUUGGAGGACGCGACGUUGGCAAUGAGCUAGUUUUCGGGGUUCAGAGCAGGUCAAAGCCGCAGCGGGACGGAUGAUCACUCUUGUUGACGCUUGCUUGCCCUGGUCCCGAUUGGUGCUGAAAACCUGCUGGACAAGUAAUGGAUGCGAGCGUUUUGACAGGCGCGCCCCAAGGUGGGGUGAUGUGGAUUCGUGCUCGAAAAGCCACAAAAAGGGUAAAAACAGGAAGAGCACAGCAAAGACGGGGUAGGCUGAUGGCGGGGUCUCACCUUUCUGCAAAACCCCACUAAAUGAAUUAGCCCAGCUGCUGCAUAUCGAUCGACCUUCCCGCCUCGAUUCAAAGCAGAUUGCUGAGUGGUCACCUCGGAAGCCAGAAAUGC